UGUCACCCCAUAAAUUCUGGGGGGGGGGGAACCCCAGCGACCCCAUUCAUUCGAGCCUCCUGCUCCCGUUGCAGACGGUGGCGUUGGACGGGACCCUCUUCCAAAAAUCGGGGGUGAUCUCGGGGGGCGCCAGCGACCUGAAGGCCAAAGCCCGGCGGUGGGACGAGAAGGCGGUGGACAAGCUGAAGGAGAAGAAGGAGAGGCUGACGGAGGAGCUGAAGGAGCAGAUGAAGGCGAAGAGGAAGGAGGCCGAGCUGCGGCAGGUCCAAUCCCAAGCCCACGGCCUCCAGAUGAGGCUCAAGUACUCGCAGAGCGACCUGGAGCAGACCAAGACGCGCCACCUCGCCCUCAACCUCCAGGAGAAGUCAAAACUGGAGAGCGAAUUGGCCAAUUUUGGGCCGCGCAUCAACGACAUCAAGAGGAUCAUCCAGGGCCGGGAGCGGGAGAUGAAGGACCUGAAGGAGAAGAUGAACCAGGUGGAGGAUGAGGUGUUUGAGGAGUUCUGCCGCGAAAUCGGGGUGAGGAACAUCCGCGAGUUCGAGGAGGAGAAGGUCAAGAGGCAGAACGAGAUCGCCAAGAAGAGGCUGGAAUUUGAGAACCAGAAGACGCGCCUGGGCAUCCAGCUGGACUUCGAGCGCAACCAGCUGCGGGAGGACCAGGAGAAGGUGCUGAUGUGGGAGCAGGGCGUGCGCAAGGACGAGGCCGAGAUCGAGAAGCUGAAGAAGGAGGAGCAGCGGCACAUGAAGAUCAUCGACGAGACGAUGGCGCAGCUGCAGGACCUCAAGAACCAGCACCUGGCCAAGAAGUCCGAGGUCAACGACAAGAACCACGAGAUGGACGAGAUCCGCAAGAAGCUGGGCGGGGCCAACAAGUGAGGGGCGGGGCCAACGGGGGCGUGGUCAAAAG